GAUUCGUUGUGUUUUGGAAGCGGUUGCGAAAAGAACUUGCCAGUACCGUUAUCCGUCUCGUUAUUAUCAGAUCCCAAACAGGAGCACGUUUGCCUGAUAUUUUCAAGUUUGAGAGGAAGAAUUUUUUAUUGUCCUUUUUCGAAAAUUGCCGACAAGUUAAAUCUUUUUAUCAAACUGUUGUCUCCUGUUGAAAGAAUUUUUUAAAGUGCGGUAACUUUUGCCUUAAACCUCUGAAAUUUUGCAGAGGAGCUGGACACUUGUAAAGGUUACAGGAAAGGGUACCUUAAAAUGUCAGUGAAACAGGCUGAAGUUCUGGGCAUUUGCAGCACAUAUCAGUCAGUAAUGCCUCAUUUCGUGUGCAUUGCCGAGGAGGAGUACCCCAAGCCCCUGCCUCCCAUGAAGGUACCCCGGGGUCGUGGUAAAAUCAGACGGCCAAGGCAGUCGAGGUUCAAGACCCAGCCUGUCACGUUUGAUGAGAUCCAGGAGGUAGAGGAAGAAGGUGUGUCCCCCACAGACGAGGAGAAAGCGAGCAAGUCCUUCCUGAUGUCGUUGGAGUGCCUGCGGAGGAGCACCCAGAGCCUGAGCUUGGAGAGGGGUCCCCAGGGCAGCAGCGCCAGUAGCCAGUGGCGCCGUUGUAGCAGCAAACUGCACAGUAGUUUGGAUUCCAGUGAUUCGGACUCCCAGUAUUGAAAGAUUCCUUCCUGGACAUGGAAAGCAGCCCUGAGCCUGCAAGGGCUAAACUAGUCUUAAAAGGACCGUCUCCCACUCUAGCAGGGAG